AUGCAGUUCCAAAUUCUAACUCUUGUUACUUUCCUCUCUACGGCCAUUGCCUCCCCAGCAAACUCCGCGCUCGUACAAAACCGACAACUGGGGCUUUGCUCCUCAGCAGCAACAAACCCACUCUGUUGUGACGUCAACGUUCUCGGCGUUGCGGAUUUAAACUGUCAAGUUCCCCCAACUAUCCCAACGAGUGUGCCAGACUUCAACGACAUCUGUGCUAGUAUUGGAAAAAUCAACAUGUGCUGCAUUUUGCCAAUUCUUGGUCAGGCACUUCUCUGCACAUCCCCAGACAGCAGCACUUAA